AUGGCGGAGCGGAGCGCCGAGCCGCUGCCUGCCUGCUUCGCGGGUCUGGGAGCGGGCAGCCCUCGGCCGCGACAGAAACGCGGCGGGAUGUUCUGCAGCGUGGAGGACGCCUUCGACAACAAGACGUUGGAUUUCCCCUCGCUCGGCGGCGGCGGUGGCUGCGGUCGGUCCCGUGGCUCCGCGACCCCGUCCGACGGCAGUAGCAGCCCCGCGCCGCCGCCGCGCUCUCCGGGGGCUGCCACCGCGGGUCGAGACGUCGGGACGUCCGACGGCUGCCGGCAGAGCGAGCAGCUUCUGAUCAAGGGCGGGAAGAUCGUCAACGACGACCAGUCUUUCUAUGCCGACAUAUACGUGGAGGAUGGCUUAAUAAAACAGAUUGGAGAGAACCUGGCUGUUCCCAGCGGGGUGAGGACAGUGGAUGCCUACGGGCAGCUGGUGGUGCCGGGUGGCAUCGAUGUGCACACGAGGCUGCAGAUGGCUGUGAUGGGGAUGGACUCCGCUGAUGACUUCUACCAAGGCACGAGGGCGGCCCUGGCGGGAGGAACCACGAUGAUAAUGGACCACGUGCUGCCCGAGGCUGGGACCAGCCUGCUGGCUGCCUACGAGCAGUGGCGGCAGCGUGCUGACAGCAGGGCCUGCUGCGACUACGCGCUGCACAUGGACAUCCCACGCUGGCACGAGGGCCUGCAGGAGGAGCUGGAGGCGCUGGUGAAGGACAAGGGUGUGAACUCCUUCCUGGUUUUUAUGGCCUACAAGGACAGGCUUCAGUGCACCGAUGCCCAGAUGUAUGAAAUAUUCUGCAUUAUUCGAGACCUGGGGGCCAUAGCCCAAGUGCAUGCUGAAAACGGAGACAUCAUAGAGGAGGAGCAGAAGAGGCUGCUGGACAUCGGAAUCACUGGGCCAGAGGGGCACGUCCUGAGCCGCCCCGAGGAGGUUGAAGCAGAGGCCGUGUACCGUGCAAUUACAAUAGCAAAACAAGCCAACUGCCCCUUGUACGUAACGAAAAUAAUGAGCAAAAGUGCAGCGGAUGUGGUAGCUCAAGCAAAAAGAAAAGGCACUGUGGUGUACGGUGAGCCCAUCACUGCCAGCCUGGGCGCCGACGGCUCGCACUACUGGAGCAAGAACUGGGCCAAGGCUGCGGCCUUCGUCACCUCACCCCCGCUCAGCCCCGACCCCACCACGCCGGAGCGCCUCUCCUCCCUGCUGUCCUGCGGGGACCUGCAGGUGGCAGGCAGCGCUCACUGCACGUUCACCACCGCCCAGAAGGCCGUGGGGAAGGACAACUUCACCCUCAUCCCUGAGGGGACGAAUGGCAUCGAGGAGCGGAUGGCCAUAAUCUGGGAGAAGUGUGUGGUCUCAGGGAAGAUGGAUGAGAACGAUUUCGUGGCAGUGACCAGCACAAAUGCUGCCAAAAUCUUUAACUGCUACCCCAGGAAGGGGCGAAUUGCGGUGGGCUCUGAUGCAGACUUGGUCUUGUGGAACCCCAAGGCUACAAAAAUCAUCUCAGCAAAAACCCACAAUUUGAACGUGGAGUACAACAUAUUUGAAGGCAUGGAGUGUCAUGGGGCUCCUGCUGUGGUCAUCAGUCAGGGGAAAGUCGUUCUUGAGGAUGGGAACCUGUUUGUCACCGAGGGCUCGGGUCGCUUCAUUCCCAGAAAGACGUUCCCUGAUUUUGUUUAUAAGAGAAUAAAGGCGAGGAACAGGCUGGCAGAGGUGCACGGUGUCCCGCGGGGGCUGUAUGACGGCCCGGUCCACGAUGUCGUCCUCAGCACCAAAGCUGUGCCCACCAUCGCGGCCUCCAGGAUCGCAGGCUGUGCCAGCAAAGUGCCCGCCGUGCCCGUGCGCAACCUGCACCAGUCGGGGUUCAGCCUGUCGGGCUCUCAGGCUGAUGACCACGUUGCCCGCCGCACAGCCCAGAAGAUCAUGGCCCCCCCGGGCGGGCGCUCCAACAUCACCUCCCUGUCCUGA